GACGCAAGAAGCGGGCGCAUUGCAUUGUGGUCACCGGUGCCUCGGAAACAGAAAGCAGUGGCGCCGCGCUCCAUGGAACUACGCCAAGAGGCCUAAACAUUCAGUCUACUCUGGACACAGUAAAAGUUCUGUAGUUGGUGAGCUUUGACCACCUACAAAAGCAGCCAUGUCGUCGACAUCCCAAAAACAUAGAGAUUUUGUGGCCGAGCCCAUGGGUGAGAAGCCUGUGAUGGCUCUUGCAGGCAUUGGAGAGGUCUAUGGCAAGAGACUGGAGGAAAAAGGUUUUGACAAGGCGUAUGUCGUCCUCGGGCAGUUUCUAGUGCUAAAGAAAGACGAGGAGCUUUUCCGGGACUGGCUGAAGGACACUUGCGGGGCAAAUGUCAAACAACAAGGUGACUGCUAUGGCUGUCUUAAAGAAUGGUGUGACGCCUUCUUAUAAAGCAUUCAGUCGUUGUUUUAUACUUCUAAAGUCCAAACUGUACAUUACGUCUGUGAUCUUGAUUCAAUUCAGCUACACCAUAUAUAUGAACUGACAUGGUCCACUAUAGGGAGAGUAUUGAAGUCAAUUUAUUUUUAAAUUAUACUUAACCCCCCAAACUGAAUUCACACAUUACACACACAGGUAGCCCUUUUAUGGUGGACAUUUUAAAGUAGAGUAGUAAAAGUCAAUUUCGGUCUACCAUUAAGUCACGUCAUGUCACUGAGCCAGCAUGCAAGUAUCAGGGCUGUGACACAGGGACACCUAAAUGUAAUGCAGCCUUUAUUAAUGUUAUGCUGUGAGAACCAACUAUAGAGGUGCCUCAGGCUAACACUGUUAGUUUCCAGUUUUGGGAAAAAGCGGCACAUGUUCAUAAUAUUAAUUUUGUCCGACGUCAUUGGAAUAUUGCAUGUACCUUCUGCUAAAGGUUGAAUUUUAAAUGUCCAUUUUCCAUUGUUGGUCAUGCACUGGGAAUGUUUUUUUAGCUAAACAUGGCUAGCUUGUUCUAUGUUUAAACCUUAUACCUUCAGACACAUUUUGAUGUUUCACUUCAGCACCCAUUUUUCUUUCUGUGUAACCUGAUGAUUUACCAGUACAAUCCAGACUAAUAUUUGUACUCACCUGCCACUCUUGGGCUUUUAUCCCGUUU